AAGAUGUCCGCCGUGGCGUUGUUCCGUCGUGUUUUUGUGAAACAAAUAGUCGAUUAUGGUAUUUUAAACGCACCGGUGACGUGUCAAGCUCAACAAAGAAGGGACCAAUGGAAUCUUAAGAAACUUCCCAAGCCAGGAGUUAAUGGGAAGAGUUUCCGGAGAAUUGUUCAUUUUAAAGACGAGUACACCGUCGAGCCUUUGGAGGUUACAAAUUUGGCAGGCAGAGAUCCUGUCUCAGGAAGAGUAAUAGCAAAAGGUAUCGGUGGUGGUAUUAAACACAAAUACCAUUGGAUCGACUGGAUCAGGGAUGGACCCACCGACUUGACGGAAAAGCCAAGAGAGGACAGAGUGCUGGAGAUAUUCAAAGAUGGAUGCAGGACGAGCUUCGUUGCCUUAAUUGGCGGCGGCCGCGAAUUAAGGUACAUUCUAGCCACGGAGAAUAUGAAAGUGGGCGAUAUUAUCAAGACGCACAAGGGUAUUCCACGCAAUCGUGUCCGUGCUGCGGAAGGAGACGCUUAUCCUUUGGGAGCAUUGCCUUUCGGGACGAUGGUGCACUGCGUAGAGAAAUAUCCAGGUCUAGGAGGUUUUCUCGUUCACGCUGCUGGAGGUUUCGGAACGAUAGUGAGAGAGGAGGGAGACCGUGUAAUUGUAAAGAUGCCGAGCAAGAAGGAGUUCAGUUUGCACCAAACUUGCAUGGCGACGGUCGGUAGGCUGUCGAACAUCACGCACGGAACGACGCCUAUUGGCAGUGCGCAGAAAAAUCGAGAGCUCGGUAAUCGGCCGAGGAGCGGUCUCUGGCAAAGGAAAACCGGUAAACACGGUCGGAAGAUCAAACCUUUGCCUCCCGUACGAAGGUUCGAUAAGGACGGUAAAAUAAUCGAGGAUGAAGUACUUUCUUUUAACCUUAGAACGCUGAACACGGUCGAGCAAUAAGUAUCAGUACGCAUAGA